AGAUGCGAUCAGCGGAGAGAGAGCAGCCUUCUCCUUAAUUGCUCAUUUCACACACAGCCUGAACAACAACACACCACGACCACGACGGAAGCGGAAUAGCUCCACGCACGCACCGCAUCCACGGCGUUCCCCCGAGAAAUGUGGACGUUGUGAGGGCGCGACGCGAGACUUUUAACCCGCCAGCAGCCAGCAGGUUUGGGCUUGAGAGCUCCAGUAUGUCCAAGCGGCGUGCGUCGGAGAGAGGGGCCGGAGAGACGUCAGGCAGGGCCAGCAAGCUGCAUUGUCCUGGGAUAUCUGGCAGCAAUGCUAAGCGAGCUGGGCCAUUCAUCCUGGGGCCUCGCCUGGGCAACUCACCAGUGCCCAGUAUAGUGCAGUGUCUAGCCAGAAAAGAUGGCACCGACGACUUCUAUCAGCUCAAAAUCUUGACGCUAGAGGAGCGAGUGGACUCUGCUGGCGAGACACAGGAGGAGCGGCAGGGGAAGAUGCUGCUGCACACCGAGUAUUCCCUCUUGUCACUGCUGCACAACCAGGAUGGAGUGGUGCAUCAUCACGGCCUCUUCCAGGAUCGAGCCUACGAAAUAGUGGAGGACACGGAGGCCAACAAGGUGCGCAAGAUGAAGAAGCGCAUCUGCCUGGUGCUGGACUGCCUUUGCGCCCACGACUUCAGCGACAAAACCGCUGACCUCAUCAACCUGCAGCAUUACGUCAUCAAGGAAAAGCGGCUGGGCGAGCGCGAGGCCAUCAUCAUCUUCUACGACGUGGUGCGCGUGGUGGAGGCCCUGCACAAGAAGAACAUCGUACACCGAGACCUCAAGCUGGGCAACAUGGUGCUAAACAAACGGACGCACCGGAUCACCAUCACCAACUUCUGCUUAGGAAAGCACCUGGUGAGCGAGGACGACCUGCUGAAAGACCAGAGAGGAAGUCCGGCCUAUAUCAGCCCCGACGUGUUGAGCGGCCGCCCGUACCGCGGUAAGCCCAGUGACAUGUGGGCUCUCGGUGUGGUUCUGUUCACCAUGCUGUACGGCCAGUUCCCCUUCUACGACAGCAUACCUCAUGAGCUCUUCCGCAAGAUCAAGGCCGCAGAGUACUCCAUCCCAGAAGAUGGCCGCGUGUCGGAGAACACGGUGUGCCUCAUCCGCAAGCUGCUGGUGCUGGACCCUCAGCAGAGGCUGACUGCAGGAGAGGUGCUGGAGUCCCUCAGUGACAUCAUCGCCUCCUGGCAAUCGGUUUCAUCGCUGAGUGGCCCCCUGCAGGUGGUGCCGGACAUUGACGACCAGGUCAACCACCCAGAGCAUCUACAAGAGGCCAAGGUGACGGAGGAGUCGUCGCAGUACGAGUUUGAGAACUACAUGCGUCAGCAGCUGCUGCUGGCCGAGGAGAAGAACACCAUCCACGAGGCCAAGAGCUUCCUCACCAAGCGCCAGUUCGGCAGCCUCCCCCCGGUCAGGCGGCUCGGCCACGACGCCCAGCCCGUCAGCCCGCUGGACGCCGCCAUCCUGGCGCAACGCUUCCUGCGCAAGUAGCCCUCGCCGAACGUCCCCGAAACUGAGGAGAACGUGAACUGGUCUCGGGUAUCCACAGCCCCCAGUGUGUGUCGGUGGGCUUUGGUGGGACCUGAUGGUGCAAGUGAACAAACUGCAAAUGGAAAGACCCAAAGCUCGCUUGCCCCCCCCCAGUCGGCUCUCACUGUGGACCCCCCGUACAUUUUCCUCUCCUCACCUGUCCGUGUUGGAACUCUUGAGCAAUACAGGACCAGAAUCAUGUAGCAGCCCCCCUUCCUCUCCUCCAUUUCCUUCCUUCCUUCCUUCCUACUUUCCUGUCCUGGGAAAACAAGUCUGUACCUUCAAAUCAAUCUACCUCUCUGAUCUUCUCUUCUGUUGGUAAACCACGCCCACUGUUCUGAGACCACACCAGUGACAUCAAGCAUCCACGUUCCUGUCACCUUUCUGAUGCCCGGGAAAUCACAGGAAAACGGAAUAAGCUUCUUUUUUUUUUUUUCUUUUUUUUUUUUU